AUGUAUACACCGCUGUUUCUCGUUCUGCUUUCUUCGGCAUUUGCUGCUCCAUUGAUCAAGGUCGACAGUACAGAUGCUGUUGCUGGAAAAUACAUUGUGAAGCUCAAAGGCGAUGUUACAUCAAAAGCUGAGGAGGGCCUGACAGCUCCAAUUACCGCCAAUAUCGAUUUCAAAUACACGAUGUCUGGCUUCAGGGGUUUCGCUGGCAGCAUCUCGGAUCAUGAACUUACUCGACUCCAGGCUUCUGAGCAUGCAAGAUACACAUCUGUAUUGACAUAUGCCAGGGUCCACAUGUUCGAAACGAAGACACAGGUGAACGCUACGUGGGGCUUGGGUCGAAUCUCGCACAUUGAGCCUGGUCAGAAUAAUUACCUUUACGAUUCCACUGCUGGCGAAGGCACAUGCGUAUAUGUCGUCGAUACCGGUAUCGAGACCACUCAUCCAGAAUUCGAGGGCCGCGCCUACUUCCUUGCAGAUUUUAGCGAAGAGGGAGACCAGAUUGACGGUGCGGGACAUGGUACUCAUGUUGCUGGCACAAUCGGUUCCCUCACAUGGGGUGUGGCAAACAAGACGACUCUUUUCGCAGUCCGAGUGCUGGACUCUUCCGGUACCGGUAUAAAUGCUGGCGUCCUUGCCGGUAUGCAGUUUGUUAUCACGGAUACAAAAGAGCGUAUGGACGCCGGAGAUUGCCCGAAAGGAGCCUUGGCCAAUAUGAGCCUUGGGGGAAGAAAAUCUCAAGUCAUGAAUGAUGCUGCUGCUGCUAUCGUUGCGGCAGGUAUCUUCCUUAGUGUCGCCGCAGGCAAUGAAGGCACGUUGGCUGAUUACUCAUCUCCAUCAUCUGAACCUACUGUAUGUACCGUGGCCGCUACAGCAAAUAAUGGUACGCUCAUCGAAUGGUCCAACUAUUGUCCCCGGGUCGAUAUUCUGGCACCUGGUGUUGAGAUCACCAGCACUUGGAUUGGUGGAGGCAUCAACACUAUAUCUGGAACCAGUAUGGCCACUCCGCAUGUUGUCGGCGUAGCUGCGUAUUUCGCGGGUCUGGGAGCACGGGUAGAAGGGUGCGAUCGAUGA